CCUCAUCUACCUUGAUCGAUUUAUCAGCCCUAAACAUCAUAUCAACUCUGUCACGUCUCGUCGCACCGACUCAAGCUUGAUAUCACUAUCAAGAUGCCCCCCAUAACAGUCAGUCAGGAAGAGCAGCCCCACGAUGAAUUUCUCCAAGAACGCUUUGGGAAGCUGUUCGACAUCAGCAACGAGGCGCUUGUCGAGCUCGCCCUCAGCGUCCGUAGCAAGUACAUCACGAACACCCAGGCCACUGCCAAAGUCCUCGAGCACUGGAUCGGCACCUACAACCUCAUCCACGUCAUCGGAUUUAGCGACGGGCUCAAGUACGUGAUCCGCGUACCUGCAAGCGCCCGCCACGGGCAGAUGUCCGAGGCGGCGCAGCGAGCCCUGGUCAGCCAGGCGCGGAUGAUGCGAUUCAUCAAGAAACGAACCAUGAUCCCGAUGGCGGACGUCUUCGACUUCGACGCCGGAUUCGCCAACCCGCUCAAGACGCCCUACAUCGUGCUGAGCUACAUCCCCGGACGCAUGGUGGCGGAGGCGUGGUUCGACCGGUCCGGCCCCGUGCAGCUCGAAGCGAAACGGCUGCGGAUUCUGGACAGUGUGGCCGAGGCGAUGGCGCAGCUGCGCGGGUUCCAGUUCGACCAGAUCGGGUCGCUCGACGACGACGGCGGCCACGUCUUCCACGUGCAGCAGUGCGGGCCCUUCUCGUCCUCGGCCGCGUACCUGCGCCACCGGCUGCAGCGCGUCACGCAGUGGACGGAGACGGCCAGCGAUCGGGGCUGCCGCGUGCUGCUCGACCUGAUGAUCGACUGCCUGCCGCGCUCGACCCGCCGCCGCAGCGACCCCCACGAGUCGUUCGUGCUCAGCGUCCCCGACCUCAGCGCCAAGAACGUGCUCGUCGACGAGCAGGGGGCCGUCACCGGCUUCGUCGACUGGGACGGCGCCCACACCAUGCCGCGCUACCUGGGCUACGCCAGCUUCCCCGGCUGGAUCACCACCGACCUCAACCCGCUGCACUUCAUCUGGUCCGAGGACCACGAAGAACCCCCCGAGCUGCUGAAGCAGUACCGGCUGCUGUACAACCGCAAGAUGCAGGCCCUGCUGCGUGGCUCCGGCGACGCCAAGUUCGUCCACAAGUCCCAUAUCUACGAGGCGAUGCACCUGGCCGUCUGCACCCUACGUCCGCGCCUGGAGAUCGUCACUACCCUCGUCGCGAAGGCGUUCCCGACCGACACUGAGGUAGCGAUGAAUCUGAUCAUGUUGGCGGGGGAGGGCAGAUUGUCGACGCGUGACAAGGAUCAGUUGACCAGAGGGUUCCAGCUGUUGUUCUCCGUCUCGGACUGACUUGCUGGGGGGGGUGGAAAACGAUAUGGAGGGAAUGCAAGAUA